AUUGCCUUUUACUGCAAUCUGGCAUUCUGUACUUCGAAAUGACAAAAUUAUUAGCGCGUAGGAAUAUUUUACUCAUUUAUUUGUCUUAUCUUAUUAUGCUUAUAUUUGUCUUAUCUUACUAGUAAUGCCCCUCUCGGAAAGUGUAGAGCGCGACUGGUUAUUGAACCUUUCCUUGGCCAGAGAAAGCUAGCAAAUGGACGUGCCAGCUGUGAAAUCGGAUGAUUGCGAUGGCGAUCCGCAGCUCGACCAUGUCAUUUGUCGUGAUAUUCGACCGAUUUAUCAGUACAUGUGGGCGAUUGUUUUGCUGUCCGCUCUCCGAUUAUUUCUGGAAUGCGGUCCAUUCGGAUGGGUGGCCUACAGCCUGGCUGUCUGUCUUCACGGACAGAGUAUGCUGUCCGAGGAAAACGGUAUGUCGCCGGUUAUGGCGUGGUUUUUCCUGGCCUUUGCUGGAGUUUUUCUCGUCGUGGGGGCCUGCAUGUCUGUACUGAGCGUACGGUUAUUGAGAGGUGUGCAACAAUGCCGUCCCGGCGCGAACAGCGAACCAAUAUCCGAGGUCAUCGUGUGUCUGGAUGUGGCUUACGUGCCGCUGUGGGUAACGACGGGGCUGCACUGCAUCAUGCUGGCACUCUGCCUGGUCCUUCUGUGCAGCGGUUCUGCCUGGAAAGAUUUGGCGGACGGACUGUCGUGUCCACGCGCAAAAACACCGGAAGCGAAGAUUGCUCGCUUUAUGACGUUAUGGAUGGGUUUGACGGCUGUGAUGAUCUACACUGGAUGCUGUGUCUCGUACAAACUUUCCGUUUGAAUAAGAAACUGAAAGCGGAACUGUUACAAACGGAGGCAAUUUAUACACCUAAAUUAACCGUCAAUUUCGCACGUCUAAGCGGUCAGCGGCAGAAGUAGUUUUUCUCGCAAAUGUCAUGAAGUUUUAAAGGUUAUCGCAGAGUGUCCCGUGACUGAUGAAAGCAGCUGUGCUGUUUGUACAGAAUGCAAGUUUGCGAGCUACUUGUCACCUUCUGUAAUCUAUGUACUUGGUUUUCCUUAU